AAACUUGCAGUAUUAUGAGGGCUCAUCAAGACGAUUCCAGGGGAUCAACGAGGCGGUCGUCUCUUGGGAGCAUCGAUAUCAACGACACUAACCAAUCCUUUUCGGACAGUGAUGGCGGAAGAUAUCCUGAUGCUCCGUCAUUGUCCAAGAACGCAAGCGUCGCUGAGAAUAAGGGUGCUGCUCCACAUCUUGGCCCCAAGAUGGACAGGACGGCAUCGCGGGGCCUCAUGGGCCUUCGGUUCCUUGACAGGGCGAGGACAGGGAAGGAGGACGAAGCGUGGAGGACCAUCGAGAUGCGAUACAAUCAGCUAGCCGGGAAUGGGAAGCUCCCCAGGGACAAAUUCGGAGCGUGUAUUGGGAUGGGAGAUUCGAAGGAAUUUGCGGGAGAGUUGUUUGACACGUUGGCCAGACGUAGAAAAGUGAGUGCCGGGGAUGGAAUCACGAAGCUGGAACUCAGGAUCUUCUGGGAAGACAUGAUGAAGCGAGACCUCGACUCGCGACUUCAAAUAUUCUUCGACAUGUGCGAUAAGAAUGGAGAUGGGAGGUUGACAGAGGACGAGGUUACAGAGGUGAUAGUGCUGAGCGCGGCGUCGAAUAGGUUAGCAAAUCUCAAGCAGCAGGCUGCCGACUAUGCGUCCUUGAUCAUGGAAGAACUCGACCCAGACCAGAAAGGAUACAUCGAGAUGUGGCAGUUAGAGACACUGCUAAGGCAAAUGGUCAGCCAAGAAGAGAGACACAAGCUCAGACAACAAACUCAGAACCUCACGAAGACGAUGAUACCAGAAAAUUAUCGGCACCCACUCCGCCGAUUCUUUAUGCUUAAAAUCGAGAUGAUCAAUGAUAACUGGAAAAGAAUCUGGGUCGUUGCUGUUUGGGUGUAUAUAAACUUAUUCCUCUUCUUCUGGAAGUUCAAUAUGUAUAAGAAAACCGACAAGUUUAAGGUCACCGGUUACUGCAUCUGCUUUGCCAAGGGUUCCGCCGAGACCCUAAAUCUCAACAUGGCCCUCAUCCUCCUCCCAGUGUGCAGAAGAACUUUGACAAAGCUCAGGUCAACCUUCCUUUCGACAUUCAUCCCUUUCGAUGACAAUAUCAACUUCCACAAGCUCAUAGCCUCUGCAAUUGCAAUGGCAUCCUUCAUCCAUGUCGUGAUGCACUUUGGAUGCAACUUCCCUAGGAUUACUUCCUGCCCCAGGUCUUUGUUCAUGGAGAUAUUUGGUUCGGCCUUCCAUGGCCACCAGCCCAGUUAUUGGGAUUUGGUAGACAACAUGUCGACCGUGAGCGGCAUCAUCAUGAGUGUAAUUAUGGCCUUUUCGUUCAUGCUCGCAACGCACUGGUUUAGGCGGAAUGUGAUCAAGCUGCCCGGGCAGUUCCACCACCUUGCCGGUUUCAACGCAUUUUGGUAUGCUCACCACCUACUUGUCUUCGUGUACGUGUUCUACGUCAUCCAUGGACUCUUCCUCGUCUUUGAGCGGCCCUGGUACACAAAAACGACAUGGAUGUACAUUGGAGGCCCUGUCUUGCUUUACACUUUUGAAAGAACUCUAAUCACUGAUGAAGUCACGCAUCGAGUCAGCAUUAUCAAGGCAACUGUGUAUACUGGGAACGUUCUGUCUCUGUCCAUGAGCAAGCCUCUGGGGUUCGAGUACCUGAGCGGAAUGUACCUGCUUGUGAAAUGCCCUACCAUCUCCAAUUUCGAAUGGCAUCCUUUUUCUAUCACUUCGGCACCAGACGAUGAUUGCCUAAGUGUGCAUAUACGAGCUCUGGGAGAUUGGACUAGUGAGCUCAAGAACAGAUUCAAGAAGGUUUGUGAGGAUCCAAGUACAAAACCGAGAGUGCAAGGCCUAAUGAAAGUGGCGACCAAAGUAGCAGUUGACUUCCAUGAAGCAGAAGCAAGAAAUUUUCCUCGGAUCCUAAUCAAAGGACCCUAUGGAGCCCCGGCUCAAGACUACAAGAAAUACGACAUACUUCUUCUUAUCGGCCUAGGAAUCGGAGCGACUCCAUUCAUUAGCAUAAUAAAAGACAUUCUAAACCAUGUCAAGCAGAAGAACCUUAAUAAUGUGGGUUGGAGAACAAAAGAUGAGGAUGCUCCGGAAGCCUGGAAAAGUCCUGAAAGGGCAUAUUUUUAUUGGGUAACUAGGGAACAGGGCUCGUUCGAGUGGUUUAAGGGUGUCAUGGAUGAUAUUGCGGAAAGCGAUCAACAUAAUAUAAUAGAGAUGCACAAUUACUUAACUUGUGUAUACGAAGAAGGGGAUGCUCGGUCUGCACUCAUUGCAAUGGUACAGAAACUUCAGCAUGCAAAGAAUGGAGUCGACAUCGUCUCACAAAGCAAGAUAAAAACACAUUUUGCGAGGCCUAACUGGGGGAAGGUGUUCUCUCAACUGGCAGCUGCACAUAAGUCCUCUCGAAUAGGCGUUUUCUAUUGUGGAAGUGCGACCCUAACAAAGACACUAAGGAAUUUAUGUCAAGAAUUUAGCAUGGAGUCAUCGACUCGCUUCCAUUUCCACAAGGAAAAAUUUUAGAUUAUAAUCCAUUGUUGCUUUGGCAGUUCAGAUACAUGGCAGAGUAAUUUUUAACACAGACGUGGAAGGAGACAAUGUUCGAAAAUUUUGCACAUUAUAUAGACAGAAAAAU